GGCCCGGCCUAGCCCGGCCCGGACCGCGCCACCAGUGAACGUAGGGUGCUGACGGGGGGUGCCGACUGCCGACGGUGUUCAGGGCGCCUGUGCUGUGGCGAUGCGCGCUGUGCGAGCGCUGGCGCUGGUGGCGCUGCUGCUGGAGGUCAGCGCUGUGCUCAGCUACCCGCGAGAGGCUGCUGACGUGGGCGUCCUCUCGCCGCAAGAUGUCGGUCGACGUGGCCGAGACGAGCAUGCUGAAUGAUCGGCCGAUUAUCGGCAUCCUCUCCCAGGAGGUGCCCAGGAGCCUCCGCAGGGCGUUCGGUAACUACACUAGCUACAUCGCCGCCUCCUACGUCAAGUACUGGGAGGCGGCCGGAGCCAGAGUCGUCCCUAUCCGCAUCAACCAGCCCCGAUCCUACUACCGCCAGCUAUUCAGCGGGCUGAACGGCCUCGUCUUCCCCGGCGGCUCGGCCAAGCUGGACGUCAGCGGCUACGGCAGAGCGGCGCGCAUCCUCUGGGAUAUGGCCGCACAGGAGCCAAAGGACUUCUUUCCCAUAUGGGGGACGUGCCUGGGCUUUGAGCUGCUGACGUUCCUGGAGUUGAACGAGAGGAGGCUGGACCGCUGCAAGUCGCAGAACCAGGCGCUACCGCUGGAGUUCACCGCAGAUGGCUUCACUAGCCGCAUGUUCUCCGGAACCAGCAAGGCCCUGCUGAAGGCGUUCAUGGAGCAGAACGUCACCAUCAACUUCCACAAGUACUGCGUCUCGCCAGAGACCUAUCGGAACACCUCACUGUCCAGAAACUAUCGACUGAUCGCAACCAACCGCGACUGGGACGGCCAGGUCUUCGUCAGCGCCUUUGAGCAUAGGAUCCGACCGGUCUACGGCGUUCAGUUCCAUCCCGAGAAGAACAUCUUCGAGUGGGGCGAGAAGACCAGCAUCAGCGCCAUCCCCCACUGGCCCGAGGCCAUCCAGGCCUCGCAGUACCUGGCCGACUUCUUCAUCAGCGAGGUGCGCAAGAACCGUCACAGGUUUCCCAGCGCCGCUGAGGAACACAAGCACCUGAUCUACAACUACAAAACCGAGUACACCGGGCUCAUCGGAUCUGUGUUUGUCCAGUGUUAUCUGUUCGAUUGAUGGCUGGCGCUGUUCCGCAACAUCUGACAUCUUGCAGCCUGUUUGUGGUGCACUAGCAGGUUAUGGUCUCCGCAGUCGACCCCAAAGUCCCCAGCUGCCCGACCAACUUUGCAAUCAGCUCCUCCCUAUAUUCGCGUAGCAUGUAGGCGAAACCCGUCAAGCCUUAGAUUUGGGUGACUUUGUUGUGUAGGCUCGGCUUUGUAGUGUUUGCUCUGUUUUGGCAUAUUUUUGUGUCGGGUAUUUUGUGCACGGCAUAUGCAUGUAUGCUUUAUACUGGUUAAGAAAACCUUAAUGCUGAUGGUACGCACUUGCAAGGUUUGCAGUUAUAUAACACGGUAUUUUAUACUGGCGCUUAUUUGUUUCUCUCAAGAACAACCAAGUAUUUCAGACCAACUGAUAUAACAAUCCCAAAUGAACAAAAAUGCUAAACGUGACGCGUGCACUCAUACUUUAAUGUUUCAUUUUUUACAGGAAUGCAGCACACUGUGUUUCGCACUGUUUGAUACAGCAUUAACAUCUGAGGUGGUGAUAUAUACGCCUGUAACAGGAACCACAUAACAUAAAUGGGAUCCCCUCCCAUCCCCACGCGGUAGUUCGUAGUCCUUUCCUGUCGUAGGGCAUCACUCAACAUUUUACCUCAUGUUUAAACUUUCCAUAUUCAGUCUUCUCCUAUUGUUCACAGGUUUCGGCUGUGUGUUCUUCCGUACAAAUGUCAUGUUACUCAAUACAAUAUUCAAUACAUUUUAUCGACCACCCGGA